AAUCCAUCAUUUCUCCUUUUAUAUUAUGAUGAAUCUAUGAGGGAGAUUUUAUGUUAUCCUAAAGAUUUGUUGAUAGAUAAUAACGGUAAUUCACAAUCUUUUGAGGAAUUCAAGGCAUUAUCUUAUGAUAAGUUAAAUGAACAACUGGAGUUUCAAAAUUUUGAAGAUGCUUACAAUAAAUAUCUUAACACUUGUAUAGAAAAAAUAGAAGAAUUAAAAAAUCCAACUGCACUUGUUAAUAUUAUUAAUAAAAAUGUUCACGAAUUUAUACCACAAUACAUUAAAAAUUCAGAAAUUCAAAAUAAUUUUGAAAAUUUUCUUAGAACCAAGCUCUUUACAUUAAAAAACAACACAAAUCAAGAUUUUGAAAAAAAACAAAUUAUUGACUUAUUCCUUAAAAAUUUUAACAUUGGAGCAAAAAUUAAUGAUGCCAUUAAUCAAGUAUGCAAUGAGAGACAGAAAGAAAUCACUGAUGCAAUACUGCUAUCCACUCAUAUAUUAUCUCCCAAAGAAUAUCUAGAUAAAUAUGAAGCCAGAGACAAAAUUUUGGGGCAAAUGGAUUCUGUCUCCAACGAUUUAACUUGCCUCCGAUAUUUGUUGAAUGAGAAACCUACACCUACAGUAUUUGCCGUUAUCCCGUUUAAGGAAAACCUUCCAACUGACGACAUUCAUAAAAGACCUGAUUUAAACCAACUUAAGACUAUCAAUGCUACUGAAAAAUCUUCAAAAAAGAAAAACGAUAACCACUUGAGCAUCAUUUACGAAGAAAAUUCUUCGCACGGUAGCAAUAAUACAACUACUUUAUUAGCCUCUUACAACAAUAAAUCAUUGGCUAAUACUCAAAACGAGGAAAGCUAAGAACAAUUAUAAUUUUUAUUAUAAAUGAUGAGCGGGGAUAUUUAUUAUAACUUUAUAUAUGUUCCUUAUAUAUAA